AUGGUUUUUAAAAAUGGAGACAUCUGUAAAGGAAAAAGCUAUUGGAAAAACAUGGAAAGCGUUUUGGCCGUACUUCGAUCAAGAAAUUUAGCUUCCUUUAAGUUAAAUCAACAAGGGUAUCUGAUUGAAAGAAAAGUUUGGGUUAGGCCGAAAAGUUCUCAAUGGUUUAAUGAGAUUUUUAAUCAAAUGGAGGAAUGUGAAUUUAAAGAGCAUUUUCGAGUAAAUCGUAACACAUUUAAUUUCCUAGUUAAUGAAUUGCAUCCACAUUUAGGCAAAAGUACCACAACUAUGCGAGAACCUAUUUUAGUAGUAAAACGUGUUGCAUUUGCAUUACAUUAUCUAGCUUCAUGUGAAGAGUAUCGUGUUGUGUCUAGCCUUUUUGGCAUAGGAAAGUCAACAGCAAAUUUAAUUGUUCAUGAAUUUAUUAAUGCUGUUAAUGACAUUUUGCUCCCUAAAUAUGUUAAAAUUCCAUUGUCAGUGGAAAAUUUAAAUAAACAUAGUAGAGAUUUUGAAGCUAUUCUUGGUUUUCCACAAUGCGUUGGAGCUGUUGAUGGAUGCCACAUCCCUAUUUUAGCCCUUAAAGAUCAAGCAAUUUCUUAUUAUAAUUAUAAAGGUUGGUAUUCCAUUGUACUUUUUUCCGUUGUAGACUGUCGAUACCGUUUCAUUUAUACAAGUGUUGGAUCGCCUGGUAGAAAUAAUGACAGCUAUACUUUGCAGAAUUCUUCUUUGAAAGCAAUUUUAGAAUCAAGUCUAUUUGAUAAAUAUUGUAAAGAGCUUGGCGAUUCUCUUGUUCCGCUAUGUUUGAUAGGUGAUUCAACAUUUCCUUUAACGCGUCAUUUAUUAAAACCUUAUCCUGAAAAUUUGGAGCUUAGUGAAAUUCGAAAAAAAUUUCAAUAA